UGUCUCUUUGUCUCAGACAAACCCAUCACGACUCUUUGCCGUGAUGUCAUGUCUCUGUCUGGAUGGAGUUAGUGUUAGCCACGAAUCGAAUCAUGGCUCCCUGGCAACAGAUCAGCUGACGCCAUGCAUCAAACCCCUGAUAUACCCAACAAAACCCCUGAAAUGUUCAAGGGAAUCUCAAUCAACAUUUUUUGCUAAUAACCUUAGUGUACCUACUUACAGUACCUACCCUCAACGAGACAAGAUCGGUUCCGUCGAUUCAUUCAACAUGAAUUCGAAGCGUGACCGGCCACUCAACAUUGCUAUCCUGCUCAAUUCCUACCGCUCACCCUUUAUCACCGAGAUCCGGGACUCGUACAUUCGCACUAUCGGUGCUAUUUCUCAUGAUGCCUCUCUCUCAUUCUUCUACCCUGCCGAGAAACCUGAUGACUUCCCCGACCCCGAGAAAUUUGAUCUUAUAGUCAUUGGAGGCAGCAAUACCGACCCUCGCAAGAAGCACCAAUGGAUCCUGAGAGUCCACAGUUUCAUCCUAGAUGUUGUAGCCAAACACCCCGGCAAGAAGCUCUGCGGCAUUUGUUGGGGACAUCAAACCAUUUCCAUGCUGUUCGGCGCCAAAGUGGUCGAUAUGGAGGUUCCUGAGUUGGGAGUCACCGAGGCGAAGCUCACCCCGGCCGGGCGGCGCUUCUUCUCGCGGCAUACCGGCAGCGGAGUGCUUCUCCUUCAACAGCACCAUCGCCGAGCGGUUGGCUCACCGCCAGAAGGCUUCUCAGAGUUGGUGUAUGGGAACCAGUCCUUCCUGAGCCAUAACAACGCUAUCCUCACGUUACAGGGGCAUCCUGAAAAGGACGCCCAAUGCGCCAUGCUGAGGCUGCGAGACGUCACAAGGUGGUUUGGGGUUGAGGAUGGAAAUCAGACAGCCCUAGACAGGUUUAAGCGAGCCAUGGAGAGGCAUCAUCAUGGCCCAGAGGUCUGGGAGAAGGUCUUGGAUUGGGCACGGGACAAGCGUCCAAAAAGCGGGAUUCAGCCCUGAAAAGGGUCGGUCAGGUAGCCCACUGUGGAUUGAUGGAUUAUGAGUGCUUGCCAGUCUUGUGGCAACGGACGGCCGAGUUGAGCACAACCUGUAAACACGGCUUCAGAGGUCACGGCGGUUAGAUCCGUCCCCUGAAGAACAUGGGAAUGCUGCGGGUCGACAUCUCGUGGUGCAUUAGGUCGUGGCGGUAUUGGUAAACUCGGUCUCAACCUGGAAACUCUGAGCACACGCUAUUUCACAAUCGCCCACCGACUCUGUUUUCCGCCGACCAAGGCGUCAUAUUGGCACAGGCUGCAGAGGGCACAGGAGAGGAGCGACAAGGGUGAACGCCAGGCUUGUAUUGCGGGCGACGAGGAGCUUAGUGGAAGAUCAAGCUUGCAUUAACAAAAC